GCGCUCUUCUGUCCAAUCACGCGGCUUGUUGGUUUUUGGCCUUGUUCGACCGCGGACAGACGUCGGCAAGUGGACCGGUUGGAUGCUAAGCUAAUCCAGUCAAAUUACGACUAAGUAUUUCCGAUUUUUUUCAUUGCUUCGCUGUUUUUGAACGGAUGCACAAGAUUUAAAAAAAUAAGUGCCCCAUUUGUCUUGUAGAAUUGCUCGGCUAACAAGCUAAAUUGACUUUGCUAAAUCGGUUUUUGUGUUGCUAGCUCAGACUGCGGUGGUGGGCGCGAGCCGUGUUUGACAACAGGCUAUUCGGUCACGUUAGUAGUGUUGUUGUUUGUAGCUGCUGAGUUAGCCAUUCAAUCCCCGUUAGCUUUGGGCGGCAAAAAGAAAAUAGCUCUGUGCAAAUAGAGGAAGUCCAGUAUGGCAGAGUUUCUGGAAGAUCCGUCGACUUUAACCAAAGAAAAGCUCAAGACCGAGCUCACGGCGAACAAUGUGCCACUUCCGAGCGGCGAGCAUAAGAAAGAAGUGUAUGUUCAGCUGUAUCUGAAGAAUUUAACCAUUCUCAACAACAAGAAAAGUCCUCCUACAGACACUUUCUCCAGCGACGAAGAGUUACCUGCGCCUGUGGUUACAAAUAAAAGCCGUUCCGGGAGAAAAGCCACAAAGAAGACGGACAAACCCCGCACAGAAGAAGUGGAGGUGACAGAACUUUCAGACGAAGAUUUAAAACAACAGCUGGCCAAGCACGGGGUGGAAGCGGGACCUAUUGUGGCCUCUACCCGUAAACUGUAUGAGAAGAAGUUGCAGAAGAUUUUGGACCAGCCACCGCCUGAGCCUGAGACUACUGCAGAGGUCACAACUCUCCCAAAGGCCGAUAGUAACCAGAAUGGCAACACCAACUCUGAUCAGUACAGUGACAAGGAGGAUGAGGUGCUUGCUGCCCCUGAACCAGAGCCUAUUCCUGUUGUUGAAAAACCUGUGCGCAGCAGAGGAAAAACUCCCACCACAGUCCGCACCAGCAGCAGACGACAAGCUAAAAUCGUGGAGGAAAUUACAGUUACAGAGGAGACACCGAAGAAAAAGUCUGCAGAGAGUGCGGUUGAAGAUAUUCUUGCCAAUGAAAUAAGCUCACCAACUGGAAUGAGCGCAACCUGCCGGCGUCCGAUUCGCGGUGCAGCGGGCCGGCCUCUGAAGCCCAGUGAGUAUUGGCUGGAUGAGUCCCGUGUUCAGACCACAGUCCUCUCCGAGACCCGCACAGAGUGUCUGAAAGCAAGCAGCUCUUUGGGCGCAGCACCUACUUCACGAGGCUUCCUGUCCACCCUUCUCAAGCUCCUCUUGCUCAUUGCCAUCGUCAUUGGUCUCUACUAUGCUUAUCAGAAGCUGGACGCCAGUCACAUUGAGGCCCUCAAAGCUCUUGUAGACAGCGUCCUGAUCCCUCUUCGUGGGGUGGGAGAAAGUACCGCCACUUACCUGGGGAUCGGUGGAGGAGAAGCCCCAGCUGCAGUGGAGCAGCCUGCAGAGUGAAGACCAGUAGCCCCACAUGUCCACUCCUUUGAUUAGCAACAGCGCAUCACAACCCAAACAAAAAAACUCAGCAUACUUUUUUUUCUUAAUUUUCCGUUAUGGUUGGACAAAAGACACAAAUCUAUAAACUCUUAUCUCCUCUUUUCAAUUCAGUCUCUCCUCCUGACACUGAGGGAUUCAGCAGUGACUUCUGGGUGACCCCAUCCGAAGUGACUCAUUUUAUGUCGUUUUUUAACCUGUGAAAUUGUUUGUCUUUGUGAGCAUUUAACCCGUGUAUGUAGAAAUGUGGGCUGAUUUGGGAAGGCCACUUUAUCCAUGCAUGAUAGUAUUUUUGAAAGUCAUACUGUAGUUUUUCAUAAUCGUGCCAGAUAUGUUUUCGGAUGGUGAAGUGCCUGGAUAAAUGCAAGCACUUAAGAUGCCCUCCCAUUUCAAGCACAUACUCUGCUUCUACUAACGCCGUUGUAACUUCAACCAUUUUUUGUGCAAAUUUUACCAUUUGCUCUGUUGGUAGUAACCGAUUUCUAUGGUGCUCAGGUAAAAUCUCUUGAUGUGCUCUGUGCUGGAAGAGAUGCAGCCAGAUCACAUCGCCGCAUGAAGAAAGUUAAACAUACAUUUUCAGUCGCUGAAUCAUGGGCUUGGUUUUUAUAAUUUUAAUUUGUAUUCUGGUCACUCUUAAUGUAUUUAAUCACUUUUUCAAAUGAUUUGAGAUAUAUACUGUACUGUACUUUUAUUGAAAGCAGGACUGACCAAGUUUUUAACAAAAUGCUUUCUAAGUGACUAAUUAUUUGACAAUUCCUUAUUCGGAAACUAAAGUAUCCGAUCACAAAUUUCUUUCUCAGUCCUGCCAUAGUAACCAUCUGAGUUUACAUGCUUUGGGUUUUUGUGCUUUGUUGUGCUUUUUCAUCAUUAUAUUUUUGUUUUUAUAAUUAUGUUUCUGAUCCUUCAGUCCUCCGUCUCUUAGUGCAGGACUGGCCCAUGCAGUGCACCCACAUAUCCCAUUAAACUGACGGCAUUUGUUCAUAUAUGGCAGAUCUGCUAAGUUACAUGUUUUUAGUAAAUACAGAAAAUGUUCAUUGAAGGUGCAGGUGAGGGUGGGGCAAAUUCAUUUUGAUAUUUUUUGAAAGUAAGUGUAAAGUUUUUAUAGCACAUUUUAGGAAACCAUAUUAAGGCAAUAUGCAAUACACGCAGAAGCCGGAUUUAACACAAUUUCACACCAGGCAGCUCUUAAAGUGGACAGAUGACAUGGGUUAUGUGGGUAAGGAUUUGUGAUUUGUUUAUUUAUGAUAAUGUAGGCAGUGUAUCAUGAAAUAAACUCAAUUGUCACCACAUGAACCUGUAUUAUUUUGUCUUGCGUCAUGUGUAUGAAAUUCUGAAUUAAAUGUCAUUUUCUUAAAA